AUGGAGUUUGAAAUUCAAAUAGCGCAUUAUACAUAUCAAGCGGGCCGUCUGUCUCUCUGCGGGGGCGAGGGCCAAGAGCACGGGCCGGUAUUCUUGAUGGAGCCGCCUCCACGGCUGGUGUUCUCCAACACAACGGGCGCCAGAGUUUCAUGCGCGGCUCACGGGUUUCCCUCACCCCAGAUUGCCUGGCAGCAACCUGAUGGUGGGCAGCUAGAUGAUGUACCAGGCUUGAGGUGA